AUGUGGCUCAAAAGUCAGAUUUUGCUUUUAUAUUGCAUUGCAAGUGAAGUUUGGAUGGCAAAGCAACUUGACUCUAGAAGAAAUUUCCCCCAAGGACUUUACUCUGUUGAAGACGGCAGUUCUGCAAAGUGGAACAGGCUAAAAAGGAGUCUGUAUCAGGGAAGGUCCUGCAGGGUGCGAGGCUGCUGCACAGGAAGAAACGAUGACUGCAGCUUUAACAUCGUCUCCAGAGCAGCUAUAUGUUACUGUGACCAGUUCUGUGCCUCGGGUUCUCCUGGUCCUGUAGACUGUUGUGCUGACUACUGGGAAGUCUGUGACAACCCUGUUGAACCCACCAGGUCAGACGAGCCUUGGCCACCUCCAGCAUCGGGUUGUUAUAAAGAUGGCCGGUAUUACGGAGAAGGAACAAUAAUUAAAGACAACUGCAAUUCCUGCAAAUGCUUCCGACGUCUCUGGAAGUGUUCAAAAGAAGUAUGCCUUGUUCGCCAAGACUUAAUUCAGCAGAUCAAUUCUGGAGAUUAUGGAUGGAAAGCUGACAACUACAGCCAGUUCUGGGGAAUGACAGUGGAAGAAGGUUUCAAAAAGCGCCUGGGCACAUUGCCUCCAUCUCAUUCCUUGCUGAAUAUGGCAGAAGAUCCAGGACACUCACUUCCAGAAGAAAAAUUUCCUGCAUUUUUUGCAGCCACUUAUGCGUGGCCUGACUGGAUUCAUGAUCCUCUGGAUCAACGAAACUGCGGAGCAUCCUGGGCUUUUUCAACUGCAAGUGUUGCAGCAGAUAGAAUAACUAUUCAUUCCAAGGGUCAGAUCACAGACAACCUUUCUGUUCAGAAUUUGAUCUCUUGUGAUACCAGGAAUCAACAUGGAUGUAAUGGUGGAAGUAUUGAUGGUGCUUGGAGAUAUCUGAAAACGCAUGGGGUUGUAUCCUAUGCUUGUUAUCCAUCAUUUUGGAAUGAUCACCUGGGGCCAUCAGAUGAAAAUCACUGUUAUGUGUCAAGUGAAUAUGGAAAAAACUAUACAAAUGGGCCAUGUCCCAAUGCUUUAGAAGAAUCCAAUCGGUUAUACAGGUGUGCUUCUCACUACAGAGUCUCCUCAAACGAAACCGAUAUAAUGAAAGAAAUCAUGGACAGAGGACCAGUGCAAGCUAUAAUGAAAGUGUAUGAAGAUUUUUUCCUUUACAAAGAGGGAAUCUAUAGACACUCCCAGAAAGAAGGAUCUAAAUGGAAAACUCAUUCAGUCAAACUCCUUGGGUGGGGAGCAUUAGCUGACAAAAAUGGACAAAAACAGAAGUUCUGGAUUGCUGCAAACUCCUGGGGAAAAUCUUGGGGAGAAAAUGGUUAUUUUAGGAUUCUACGUGGAAAAAAUGAAUGUGAUAUCGAGAAGCUGAUUUUAGCUACUUUGGGAUAGCCACAGUCUUCUACUCUAAUUGUACUGUACCGUAAUCUGCUUUAUGUAUCUAUUCUUUCCAUCGUUGCAUGCUGAGUCUUUCUAGAGAAAUAAAAAUGUCUGCUCU